AUGUCAGCCCCCUUGUUCAGACUUGGUGUACAUUCUUUAUCCUUGAGAUUGGCUGUUGAAACAGCAUGUAGACCCCGUGUAACAAAUAUUCUGCGAUUUCCUACCAAUCGGUCGGUGAGCGAACUUCCGACGAAGAUCUCUCCCGGCGACCACCACUCGAGGGCGCUCUCCUCGCUCAACGACCGUCGCCGCGACGACCACCACUCGAGGGCGCUCUCCUCGCUCAACGAUUGUCGCCGUGACGACCACCACUCGAGGGCGCUCUCAUCGCUCAACGACCGCCGCGACAACGCCGCGUCGCCGUCGCACGCUCGCGACGGCAUCGACCCCGCGACCUAUGACCUCGUGUACGUCGCGGCGCAGCUCGGCUCCUACCUGCGCCCUGUGAAGCUCUCCUGCCAGCUCAUGUGCGGCAUCUUCCUCGCCACGUCGAUCCCCGCGCUGACCUACGACUCCGCCGCCCGCGACCUCGGGGAGGUCGUCUCCGGGGUUACGUCGUACGAGUUCGCCGCGAUGGCCGGCGGGAUGGUCUCUCUGACCGCGUUAGCGACUCUGGUCGCUGCCCGCGUCGUCGUCCGCGUUUACUACUGCGAGGCGGAGAACGAAUUCAAGUUCGUGACGAACGCGUGGCAUCCCGGCAUGCGGCACACGCGCGUCCGCGCCGGCGGGAUGGAGCCAGCGUCACGGUACGCCAUCACGGGGAUCCUGUUCGGAAACUACCGCGUGAACCGCCAGUCGUUCUACAUUGUUCCUGAAAACUUCCGCUUUCCGAUCUACUACAAUCGUCUGCUCGGAAUACAGUGAUUGUUCGCCGUUCGGUCGUGAACAUACGCUACUGACUGCUCGGAAUACAGUGAAUCGCUCUUCGUUCGGUCGUGAACUUACGCUAUCCGAUAUAAUACAACCCGUUGCUAGGGGAACAAGUGAAUCGUUCUCCAUUUUCGUGCUCUUACGCACCUGUCUUAGAUUGAUCGAGAACUUACACGUUUUCCGAUGGCGGGGAACGACGAAGACAACCCUUUCUCCUUCAAGAAAUUCGUCAGCAGCAAGGAGAACCCGGACGGCGAGGAGGACCGUGGCGGCAACGCCGCGGCCGACGCCGCAUCCUCCUCCGAUCGUAACGACGAGGGGAGACCG